AUGGCAACUUUCCCUACCGCGCCCUGGCUCAUGAUAUCCCUCGACGUCUGCGUUCAACACCCCGAGAUCGCAAAGGUUGCCUACUGGGAGUUGGACCCGUCAAAGCCAGUCAGUCUAUGCGACAAGAUCAUUCGGCUCAUCACCGCCCUCCCUCAAGUUCGCAGUCUGAGCUUGGACUUGCGCGAUUUGGACAAUGCUCAAGUUGGCCAUAUGGUCACGCUGCUUCAUAAAUCCACCAACAUCCUUCCCCGUGUUCGACAAGUCAAAUUCAUCUCGGCUGAGGACGCUUAUGGAGUGAGCGACAGCGCGUUCAGCCCGAGCCUUUGUGGGCGCCUCACGUCCGCUUUCUGCACCGCGAUGGGUACCAAAGCCGACGAGCUUACCUUCAUUCGAGGCUGCGAUGCUGCCAACAAUCAAGUCUUGCUCGACACGAUGACAGCCUUUGCCGACAUCCAACCAGGCGGCAGUCCCCGCCGCCAGCUGAGACGCCUAUUGAUCGCCGGUUUGGGGUCCGCAACCGGUCUCAAUAUCCUCCCAGCUCGUGAGAUUCUGGAGACGGUCGUCGCGCCACACAGCGAGACUAUUGAGACCAUCUUUAUCGCUGAUGACGUGGACUUUGCACCUUCCGGUGGCCAUCAGGACUUCAAUACCAACCAGAAGGCAAUUGACCACUUGGUCAACGCCCUGGCUGGGAUGCCUGCCCUUUGCCGAGUCGCGUUCCCAGUGGUGGGAUUUCGUGUUGAGGGUGUUGAGCGCCAGGACGACAAGAAUCUCGAGAAGCUGGCUCUGGGUACGGCCAUGAGGGCGAUUGCGGGUGGUGUGUGA